UUUGUAUUACUUUUCUUCUUUGGCCCCUCUUCUUUUAGCUUAAAAGCCCAAACACCCAGAUCAUAUUUGAUCAUCUUCCCCACAAAGUCUCUCCUCCAUGACCGGAAAAAGAAGCAAAACCAGCCCACUUGGGAGCCCCUCGUCGGGGGAAAUCUCAUCCGACAGCUCCUCAAAAGAACAAGACCGGUUCCUCCCCAUUGCCAACGUUAGCCGUAUCAUGAAAAAGUCACUCCCGGCGAACGCCAAGAUAUCUAAAGAAGCCAAAGAGACCGUCCAAGAAUGCGUUUCUGAGUACAUAAGCUUCAUCACAGGUGAAGCAUCUGACAAGUGCCAAAAAGAAAAAAGGAAGACAAUAAACGGCGACGAUCUUUUGUGGGCCAUGACGACACUGGGGUUCGAGAAUUAUGUCGGACUCUUGAAGAACUACCUAAACAAGUAUAGAGAGACUGAAGGAGACAAGAAUUCCAUGCAGUCUCCAACUAAUGAAAUCGACAAAGUCAUGAGUAACGCAGAUUUUCAGGGUUUUAGCAGUGGCUUUUAUUCACUUGACACGCAAGGGACUCCAAAGAGUUUUGGAUCAAAUGGAAGAGCAACCGGUUAUGAAGAGAAUUUGGUGAUUGGUAGUGCUUGUAACAAGAAUAAGAUCCACGAAAAUGGCGAUGGAAAUGGCAAUAGAACUAUGGAAGCUCAUCUUCAUGAUGAAGUUGAAUGGUAGAGAUUGAAAUAUAUAUAUAUAUGAAAUAUUGAAAUAUAUGUAUGUAAGUUUUAUGUUUUUAUAUGUUGAAGUUAUUCAUGCAUGCAUGUAAUACUUAAUGAAGUUUUAUAUAUGUUUGCAAAG